GGUGGUGAGCAGUGCUGAAGAAGGUUCUCGUGCGAGGUGUGGAGGAAGCCCCAGAAGGAGCUUGGCCCUCGGCCCCCUGACGCCACAGAUGCGCCCCAGGAUUAGUGCAUAUACUCGGGCAAACAGGUGACCCGAGAGGCAGACAGCCCCCUCCUCACGGGGAAAAAGAAGGUAAAGCCCGGCUGGCCUGCGCCAGCCCUAGGAGCGCACAAGGAGAGAAACGUCCCCUUUUGCGGACCCCGUUUCUUGGGGCGCUCCCGCCUCAGUUUCACGGCGAGGACUGGGCCGCUGGGCCCCUAGGGCAGCAUCAGGAUGAGUCUGGGCAUCAUGGAGGAGGAAGACCUGGCCGAGUACUUUCGGCUACAGUAUGGGGAGCGGCUGCUACAACUGUUGCAGAAGUUCCCGAACAUUGAGAACCAGUCGGAGUCUCCAUCCAUCCGGCUCCUGGAGAAGAAGAAGGAAGCCAAGAUCAUGCACCGGGCUAUGGAGCAGAAGAAGGAGAUAUUUCAGCGCCGUAUGGAAACCCUGAACCUGCGCUGGGAGGAACUGGGUGUCAAGGAGGCCCAGCUGAAGGCCCACAUCCAGAAGUUCGAGCAGUUCAUCCAGGAGAACGACCAGAAACGGAUCCGGGCCCUGAAGAAGGCCAACAAGGAGCGGGAACUGAAGAGGCAGCGCCUGCGAGAGCUGGCCAUGGCCAAGCAGGAGAUGGCGGCCUUGCGGCUGGAGCACCAGAGGCUGAGCGGGAGGCUCCAGGACUACUCCGUCUUCAACAAGUACCUGGAGAAGGUGGUAGAGAGCUCGGAGUUCGAAGAGAUCCACGAGGUGAUUUCGCGCUACAAGACGCUGGUGAGCAUGCACCAGGACCUGAUGCAGUCGGCGCAGGAGGGCCAGGAGAAGAUCGAACGCGCCAAGGCGCGGCUGGCGCGCUACAUGGAGGAGAAGGACGACGAGAUCCUGCAGCACAACAACGAGUUGGCACGGCUGCAGAUGCGCUUUGACCGAGCCCGCAGCGAUGUCAUCAUCUGGGAAUCUCGCUGGGCUCACAUCCAGAACACCGCCGCCAAGAAGACCCUCUUGCUUGGCACCAUUAAGAUGGCGACGCUGAACCUCUUCCAGAUCGUGAGCAAGCAGCUGAAGGAGACCACCACCGUAUCCCUGGAGGACACGCACAAACAGCUGGACAUGAUCCAGCAGUUCAUUCAGGAUCUGUCGGACAUCUGGGCAGAAGUGAGGAAGAAGGAACAGCAGCAAGUCCGGGUUUAAGAAGCAGCCGCGGUUCCAGAACGUUCUGAGGCGGAGACUGAGAGAGGAUAGGUUUCCAGUGAGCUCGCGGUCCCGUCAGCCCAGUUCAGCCAUCUGGGACCCCUGUGCCUUUGUGCUGGCGAACACCCUGCCAUUUCCCACCUCGGGCCUCAGUCCCUCCCCUUCCUGAAAACAUUAAA